AUGUCUCCUACUUCUCUCCUCUCGUCACCCUUCCCACCAGAUACACCAGUAGAUCGUCCUCUGCCUCAGCCUGGAAAUGCUCUCGAUGACCGAGAACAGAAACACGUAAAAUGGGAAAAGGUAUUAUGGCGUAGACAACCCUUUCCGGAUAACUACGUCCCUCCUGAUUUCUUGUCAGAGCUAGAUGAUCUUCCCCCUCGACCCAUACCUAGCCUAAUUCCCCUCUUAUUCGCUGCUCUACCCAUAUCACUCCAUAUAUCAGUGAUCGCUCUCUUUCUAGCUAUAUUUUACGCGCUAUUGGAAGGUGAUCUAUCUCCCGAAGAAGUAGCUUGGAAAUGCGUGAUAUCCGGCUUAGGAGGAUGGGCAAUCCAUAAAUAUGGUUGGGGUAUACAUCGCUCCCAACCUGAAGAAGUCUCAAUAAUACCAGCGCGCACUCCCCUACGUACCCUCAUCUUGCCUCCGUUGUUACUGAGUCUACUCAGUCCAGUUCUCGGUACACUCACUUCGGCUAGUACAAGUGACAGUAUCUGGCCUCUAGCAGGAGGACUGGGAUUUGUGCAUCUCCUUCUUGCCGAUUUUAGAACAGGGGAAGAUCAAAGGUUGAAGAGGAGAAGGGAGAAAGCAAAACGGAUGAAUAAAGCUCAUAAACGACGGGGUAGCGUGGGUAUGAUAGAGAUUGAAGAGGGUGAGGAGAAAAGUCUGACUUCGUCACUUUCCCUCACUUCUGCGCUAUCCGCUUCGGUGGUUUUGGCCUCGAGAUUGCCUUCAACCUCUCAUGUCUUUUCGCUGGUCUUGCUUGCUGUUCUGCUAUUUGCUGGAUGGCCACCUAUAGCUAAGGGUGUAAGAGAAGCAGGCAAGCUGUUCUCGCUCAUUUUAACAAUAUCGAUGGCGACCCUCUCCAUCUCCUUAUUCCCUUUGCGCGAUGACUCCUCACCUCGUCAUAUCAUAUGCGGUCACGAAAUUGUGCCUACUACGCCAACCCUUAUAUUCCUCAUCUCAUUAUGCCUGGUCAAUAUAAUCGGUCCCGUCAUGUUGAUAUACGCUUGGAGGUGGAAAACUAGGAGAGGAGGUGGCUGGGACGUAGCUGUUGUGAAGCUUCGGAAGGGUAGGAACGGACAGGUUUCUUGA